GAGCCGAAGACUCGGCAGAGCAGCAAAUGGCCUGACGCUCACGGAGCUCCAGUCACGGGCGGGCCGCGGGCGCGUAGAUAGGUGGUGCCGCAGCGCGGCCACCGCGGCACGCGGGCGAUGGCGGCGUCGGCGCCCAAGCCGCGGCAGCGACGCCUCGCCGUGCCCAUCCUCCUCGCCGUCCUCCACCUUUUCCUGGCCCCGCCGCGAUGCCAUGCCGCGGCAAGCGACCUUCUGCCGCGCCGGCUAGCGUGGUCGCUCAUGGGCGACACCAUACACAGCGCCGUCGACCUCCUCCCGACCUUCGUCGCCUUCGCGGCGCCCGGCGGCCCCGCGGCCGCCUGGCGCGGCGCGUGCUUCGCGGAGAACGAGGCGGUUCUGAGCCUCACGCCCGGUCCUCGUGGAAGCAACGGCACGGCCGCCGGCCUUGGCGGCGCCGUCCUACGCCUCAAGACUGCUUCGGCUCAGAGCUGGACAUGCAUGGACCUGUAUGUAUUUGCCACACCGUACAGGAUAGGGUGGGAUUACUACACCAGAGCACAUCAACACACCUUCGAGAUCAAAUCAUGGGAAGAAGCAGGAGAAAUGGAAUAUGUGAAGCUGCAUGGGGUUGCCAUUUUUCUCAUGCCAUCCGGAAUGCUCGGGACACUGUUAUCUCUGAUCGAUGUGAUUCCGCUGUUUUCGAACACCAUUUGGGGACAGGACGCCAACUUGGCAUUUCUUCAGAAGCACAUGGGGGCUUCAUUUGAGAAGCGUUCUCAGCCUUGGGCUGCCAACAUACGUAAAGAGGAUGUGAACUCUGGUGAUUUCUUGGCUCUUUCCAAGAUUCGAGGGCGAUGGGGUGGGUUUCAGACAUUGGAGAAAUGGGUGACUGGUGCGUUUGCUGGGCAUACCGCGGUUUGCUUGAAAGAUGAGAAUGGCACUCUCUGGGUUGCAGAAUCAGGUUACGAAAAUAAAAAGGGUGAAGAAGUCAUUGCUAUAGUUCCAUGGGAUGAAUGGUGGGGAGUGGCACUCAAAGAUGACUCAAAUCCACAGAUAGCAUUGCUGCCUUUGCACCCUGUCGUGAGGGCCAGAUUCAAUGAAAGUGCUGCAUGGGAAUUCGCCCGAAGCAUGUAUGGAAAACCCUAUGGCUAUCAUAAUAUGAUAUUUAGUUGGAUUGAUACAAUGUCGGAAAAUUAUCCUCCACCACUCGAUGCUAACCUGGUAAUGGCUGCUAUGUCGAUGUGGACCAGAUUACAACCACACUAUGCUUCCAACAUGUGGAACGAGGCUCUUAAUAAGCGACUUGGGACCGAGCAACUUGACCUCCAUGGCAUCAUCAGCGAGACGGAGCGACGGGGCAUGUCUUUCAACCAGCUGCUGACCAUACCGGAGCAGGACGAGUGGGAGUACAGCGACGGCAAGUCAACGACCUGCGUCGCCUUCAUCCUGGCAAUGUUCAAGGCGGCCGGGGUGUUCGCUCCCUUCACGGAGUCCAUCCAGGUCACGGAGUUCACCAUCCGGGACGCGUACAUGCUGAGGAUCUUCGAGGACAACCGGACGAGGCUGCCGGGGUGGUGCAACGGCGACGCGGACGGGCUCCCCUUCUGCCAGAUCCUCGGGGAGUACAAGAUGGAGCUCCCGGAGUACAACACCAUCCAGCCGUACGCCAACAUGAACGAGAACUGCCCCUCCUCGCCGCCCGCCUACGACAGGCCGCUGCGCUGUUGAUCAUGGAUCGAUCAUUCUUCCGUCGAAAGGAAAGAUGAUUUUACAUUAUUGUGCCCUGUGCAAUCAAAUAGGACGUAAAUAGACCACGUACGCUUUACUCCGCAUCGUACGCUCUCAUCCAGCAACAUGUAAAGAAGUACUAGUACUGUAAUAUGUUACACACCUGCCCUAAUUGUGAUGGUUUUCUUUAUAAUUUUUAACCCGGAUGGUAGUUAUAUGAUGA